AUGUUUACGCCUCUAAUACAAUAUUCGUCAUUGGUAAAUUUGAAUCAUUAAAUUAAGUACCAAAUAGACUUCAUUAGUUCAGAAUUGGAAACUAUCAUUGGAGCAAUGAAUGGAGGCAAUUUCAAUGAUGACCAGGUUUAAAUCAAGAAUUGUAUCAUGGUGUUCUUAGGCAUCAUAGUCUACCCAAUGUGCUUAAUUAAAGAUUUCCACAACAUCAGAUUUUUAGGCAUCACCCUGUUUUUCGUUGAAUAAUUAGUUCUUGGGUAUGUCAUGAUACUGGCUCUCUAUGUGGGGGAAUUCAAAGUCCCUGAAUAGCAGUCAAGUUUAUCAUUUGAAUAGGGAAGUGGAUGGAUGAAUCUAAUUUCAUAUAGCAGAGUCUAUUUCUUUCAUGCGUUUUAUAUGAUUGGAUAUCAGUACCUAUGUGAAAAUAAAAAGAGUUAAGUUGCCAAUUAGGUCUCUUGGAUAAGCAGUUUUAUCAUCCUCAUCAAUUCUAUCUAAUAUGGCCUUAGUGAUGUCCCGUCGCUCAGAAAUAACCCUAAUAUAUAUUUGCAAUACAACCUUUGGUAUGAGCUGGGCAGGUUGACUCUGGUUUUUAUUUAGAUUCCAUUUAAGUUCUACAUUUGCAAGGAAUGCAUCUUCGUGAUUUAUGAUGAAUUGAGGAACAGAGGUCUCUCUUCAAAGAUAAAUGAUCUGAAGGCCUAUGCUAAUGACAAUGCACCCUACUCACUUUAAAUGGUUGCUAAAAUAAGAGAAGAUUUAUAUGAGGUGGUGAGAAUGCCCUUCCUCAAAUUCAGCAGAUAGGAAUAUAUACUUAUUUCUACAAUUAUUUAUUCUUUGACAAUCCCACCUAUUAUCAUACUUCACCUGUGGAGAGAUGACUCUUCUGUAUAUCUGAGAGAGCAUUGGGAAGCAUUAAAUUUAAAUUGUGCUAUUAUUGAGCCAGUAAUAGUGUUUAUAAUAUCUGGCUAUUAUUAUUAGAAGGUGGCUUUACACUUUGAUAUCAAGUAAGUUUAUUAGCUUUAAUUGCAUUUCAGAGAUUGGACAGUGAGAUUGGCAUUUGUGUUCUAAGUAAUUGGGAUAUUUGCCACAGUCAUUUUCAUUUGUAUCUCAUUUUACAGGAUAAGCAAUAUUAUAUUUUGA